CUCCUGAAAGGUGAGCUCUGGACCAAGGACUGGUCCUGAUCCUGUCUGUAUAGCAGUGACUGGACGUGGUUCCUGAGCAGCGCAGUCAUGGGCAGACCAGAGGGGUUGGCCAGGCCACCUCUGGUGUCAGCUAUGGCGCUCUCCCUCCUGGCACUCUCUUUCCUCUCCACUGGGGUCUUCAGCCUCCCUCAGCCCCUGCCAAGAGUCUUCCUACCCUUCGAAGACCUGCAGGCCUCCCAAUCCUUUGAACACUACAGUCUGUCAGACAAGGCUAUGGACUACAGGAUCCUGCACAUGGAUGAGGACCAGGACAGGAUGUAUGUGGGCUGCAAAGACCAUGUCCUCUCCAUGGACAUCAACAACAUCACCCAUGGUACACUUAAGUUGUUUUGGCCUGCGUCUACCAGCAAAAUAGAGGAAUGCCAAAUGGCAGGCAAAGACCCUACGCAUGGCUGUGGGAACUUCAUCCGCGUGGUGCAGCCUUAUAACAGAACUCAUCUGUUCAUGUGUGGCAGUGGAGCGUACAGUCCCGUCUGUGUGUACAUCAACAGGGGCCGCAGACCAGAGGAGCAAGUAUUUCACAUUGACUCGAGGUCCGAAUCUGGAAAAGGGAGGUGCUCCUUCAACCCUCAAGUGAAUACUGUUUCUGUCAUGCUCAACCAGGAACUGUUCUCAGGCAUGUACAUUGACUUCAUGGGGACAGAUGCUGCCAUCUUCAGGAGCCUGACCAAGAGAAAUGCAGUGCGGACUGACCAGCACAACUCCAAGUGGCUUAGUGAGCCUAUCUUUAUCGAUGCCCACUUGAUACCAGAUGGAACAGAUCCCAAUGAUGCCAAAUUAUACUUUUUCUUCCGUGAAAGGCUAACGGAUAACAGUGGAAACACUAAAAAUAUCCACACUAUGGUGGCCAGAGUGUGUCCAAGUGACAUCGGAGGACAGCGGAGUCUGGUGAACAAGUGGACCACCUUCCUAAAGGCCCGGAUGGUGUGUUCAGUUCUGGAGGAAGACGGCACCGAGACACACUUUGAUGAACUGGAAAGUGUGUUUUUGCUGGAAUCCGAUCAUCCCAAGGGCUUGUUGGUGUUUGGAGUCUUCACAUCCACAAGCUCCGUGUUUAAAGGGUCAGCAGUGUGUGUGUACAACAUGGCCGACAUCCUCACCGUCUUCAACGGACCCUUCGCUCACAGAGACGGGCCAAACUUUCAGUGGGUGGCGUUUCAGGGGCGCAUCCCUUAUCCAAGGCCUGGAACUUGCCCCGGUGGAGCCUUCACACCUGACAUACAGACAACCAAAGAGUUCCCAGAUGAUGUGGUGACCUUCGUACGGAACCAUCCGGUCAUGUUUAACCCCAUAUACCCAGUGGGGAGGAGACCUCUUGUGGUUCGUACCAACGCAGACUACAAAUAUACAUCGGUGGCUGUGGACCAGGUCAUGGCUGCAGACGGCAACUACCAGGUGCUCUUCCUAGGCACAGACAAAGGUACAAUACAGAAGGUGAUUGUGCUGCCAACCAAUCAGUCCCUGCAUGAAGAUCUGAUUUUGGAGGAGCUGGAAGUGUUUAAGAACCAAGCUCCUGUUACAAACGUGAGAAUAUCCUCAAAAAAACAACAGCUGUACGUCAGCUCUGAGUUCGGGGUCUCGCAGGUCUCCCUGCACCGUUGUCACGCUUACGGCUCGGCUUGUGCUGACUGCUGCCUCGCCAGAGACCCCUAUUGUGCCUGGGAUGGACUGAGCUGCUCCCGCUUCUAUCCUACCGGCAAAAGGAGGAGCAGGAGGCAGGACAUUAUACAUGGAAAUCCACUCACUCAAUGCAGAGGAUUCAAUCUCAAAGCCUACAGGAACGCAGUGGAGAUGACGCAGUUUGGCGUGAAAAACAACACCACCUUCCUGGAGUGUCUGCCCAAGUCUCCCCAGGCCUCUAUCCGUUGGCUUAUACAAAGGGACAAUGACAGAAGAAAAGAGGUGAAACUGAGUGAUCGCGUCAUUUCCAGCGAGCACGGCCUCCUCAUCCGCUCCGUCCAGCUGUCUGACCAGGGUCUUUACUACUGCCUUACCACAGAGAAUGGCUUCAAACGCACCGUCGCCAAGAUCCGCCUGCGCGUGCUAAGUGAGGCCAUGGUGAGCGUGCUGACAGACAAGCAGCAGUCGCCAUGGGCGUGGGCCAGCUCGUUGCACCCUAAGGCCCUAUUGGAAGCCUUCAGCCCUGCAGAGAGCCUGGCUGUACAACAAUACUGCAAAGAGAGGAAGGCGCUCCAGAACCUUCAGCAGAGACCGCAGCAGCCUCAGCCACCUGGACCUCUCAGAGGGGAUUUGGCUAAACUGAAGCCUCUGCUUGACCGGAGGAAGAGCCGCAACCGUCGCAAUCACCUCCCAGAGGUCUGACACAGGGAGACUGGCAGCUGAUAUACACAUCUUCCUUUGUUCCUUUCCAGGCAAUUACACAUCCUCAUUUUCCAACUCUCAUCUCAAACUGCAGAGCUCCACUAUGGAUAUACAGUAAAAUGAGGAGGUGGGUGCGGAAAGCUGUUAUUCUGCAAUAUCUUCUUUUCUUCGACAGAUUGCAAGAGUGAGGCACUGUGACCAGAUGGCUGUGACUUUCACUAAUACACAUGCACAGGCACCAACAAGCCAUUCAUUUGCUGUCACAGUCACACCACAAACUGAAGUGGCCCUCUUCUGAGUGCCAUUAAUAAACUGUGCUCUCAGCUGAUAUUGCUUACGAUUAUACAACUUGACUCGCAGCUAUUGUCAAUGAUCUUAUCCUAUUUUAAAUAUUAGAGGGGAAAUUGAGCCGGCCGUACACUGGCUCACAAUGGAGUUGUUCUUUGUUGAAAGAAAUAGGGAGGUAAUUUGAUCAAGAUAACAAAUAGUGGAGAUUGAAAAGGGACAAAAGGGAGACAGACGCAUGUUUGACAGUGAGUGCCCUCUCUUGGCAUUAUACUAGUAUUUUAUUAGAUUCUACCCACAUUUAUAUAUAUUUACUUUUUGACUAACAAAGUUGUACUCUCUUCAUUGAAAAGUACAAGGCUCUGUGUGCUCAUGUGGGAUAAUAUAAAGUCAAUUUGUGAACGCACUGUCUACAAUAGCACUGCCCAUACAGUGCACAGAUGGCAAGCAGCCCCA